CGAAGCAAAUGAUUGGAAACCAGAACUACAGAGCUCAAAGAAGCACCGGAAACCCGCUGUCAAGCUGGUGUAACUCCAUAAGAAGCUUAAUAUCUCAGAAACAACCGAAAGAAGCGAUUCUGAUAUACACUAGCAACCGCCGCAACGGUGGCACUGUUAUCGGCGCCAUCCCACUAGUUCUGAAAGCAUGCGCUUCGCUCUCCAUGGUUGGUUUCGGGAAGGCACUGCAUUCGGAGAUUCUGAAGUCGGGAGUGGGAUGUGACGUGAUGGUGGGGACUUCGUUAGUUGACAUGUACGGUAAAUGUCGGGAUAUAGUAAGCUCCCGCAAGGUGUUCGAUCGUAUGCCUGAGAGAAACGUGGUUUCUUGGAAUGCCAUGAUAGGGGGUUACAUGAGGAUUGGCAACACACGGCUUGCCUCGAUUUUGUUCGAGAGUAUGCCGGUGAAGUCGUCGAUCACUUGGAAUGAGAUGAUUGAUGGGUACGCUAGAAACGGGGAUAUGACAAUGGCGAGGCGGAUUUUUGAUAGCGUUCCGGUGGGUUUGAAGAAUGUGGUGGCGUGGACUGUGUUGGUUGACGGGUAUGUGAGCAGUGGGGAUAUGGAUGCUGCAGGGGAGGUGUUCGAGAGAAUGACAGAGAGAAAUUUGUACGUGUGGUCUGUGAUGAUUACUGGAUAUUUCAAGAAAGGUGAUACAGUGAAGGCGAGGGGGGUUUUUGAUGGGAUGGGUUCGAGGAAUUUGGUGAUUUGGAAUUCGUUGAUAUCUGGCUAUGCACAAAAUGGGAUGUGCGAGGAAGUUUUAGAUGCUUUUAGCAGAAUGCGAGGCGAAGGGUUCGAGCCGGAUGAGGUUACGUACACAAGUGUUUUAUCAGCUUGUGCUCAAUCGGGGAUGUUAGACAUUGGUAAAGAAAUUCACCAGAUUAUUCUCGAGAAGAGAAUCGAAAUGAAUGAGUUUGUUCUAAAUGGAUUAGUCGACAUGUACGCAAAAUGUGGGGAUUUACGGAAUGCAAGAUUGAUAUUCGAAGGGAUUUCGUUACAGAAUUCUGCAACGUGGAAUUGUUUAAUUACAGGAUUUGCCAUUCACGGCCAAUGUAAGGAGGCCAUUGAAUUCUUCAGAAGAAUGGAGGUGUCGGCUGUAAAACCCGACAGUAUAACUUUUCUGUCUGUUCUAUCUGCUUGUGCGCAUGGAGGUUUUGUGGAAGAGGGUUUGAAAACAUUCUCGAAGAUGGAGAAAUACGGACUGAAACCAAACGUAAAGCACUACGGUUGUCUUGUUGAUCUGUUGGGGCGAAAAGGUAAACUGCAAGAUGCUUACAACCUAGUGAAGGGGAUGCCUAUGAUGCCGAACGAUGUAGUCCUCGGCGCUUUGCUUGGGGCAUGUCGAAUACACUCUGACGCGAUUAUGACAGAUCGCGUGUUGGAACUUGUCAGAAAGAUGAAUUCUUAUUACAGCUCCCGUGACGAUGAUGAUGACGGGCAUUAUGUGCUCUUAUCGAACAUAUACGCAGCUUCCGAAAAAUGGGAGAUGGCUCGAGGAGCACGAGUUAAGUUUUCGGCUAACGGGUCCAAGAAACCACCUGGAUGCAGUCUACUCGUGCUUUAACGCAUUUAAAGAAACAUCGAAGCGAACAAUCUAUUGAAGAGAAAAGUGUUCGUAAAUAUUCGAUUGUGAGGUACAAAACUAGAGGAGGGUCUCAAUUGUACUAUACAACAUUACCGAGUUUCGGUGGAAAUAUAUAUAUAUAUAUUGAAUUACGAGCU